AUGUCCAAGCACCAUCUGAAGACCCAGAGUGCCGUUGCAUUCGACAACUCCGCCACCACCGUGGCUGCUUCGCAGAUGCGAAACGCCCUCAACAAGCUCUCCGACUCCGUCGAGGACCCCGCCCAGAAGCGACGAUUCGAGAACGAGAUGGACAACUUCUUCUCUCUCUUCCGACGAUACCUGGUCGACAAGGCCAAGGGCAACGCUCUCGACUGGGACCGAAUCCAGCCCCCGAAGGCUGAGCAGGUCAUUGACUACAAGGACAUUGACCAGGAUGUUGGCGCCGAGUUCCUCAACAAGCUUGCUGUUCUCAAGCUUAACGGUGGUCUCGGUACCUCCAUGGGCUGCGUCGGCCCCAAGUCCGUCAUUGAGGUUCGAGAUGGCAAGUCCUUCCUCGACCUGUCUGUGCGACAGAUCGAGCACCUCAACCGACAGUACAACGUCGACGUGCCCUUCAUUCUCAUGAACUCUUUCAACACCGACGAGGACACCCAGACCAUCAUCAAGAAGUACCAGGGCCACAAGAUCAACAUCAAGACCUUUAACCAGUCGCGGUUCCCCCGAGUCUUUAAGGACUCCAACCUGCCCGUGCCCAAGAGCUUCGAUGACCGAAUCGAUGCCUGGUAUCCCCCCGGACACGGAGAUCUGUUUGAGUCUCUGCACAACUCCGGCGUUCUGGACGAGCUCAUUGCCGAGGGCAAGGAGAUCAUCUUCGUCUCCAACGUUGAUAACCUUGGUGCUGUUGUGGAUCUCAGCAUUCUCAAGCACAUGUCCACCACCGGCUCUGAGUACAUCAUGGAGCUGACCGACAAGACCCGAGCUGAUGUCAAGGGAGGAACCCUGAUCGACUACGAUGGCCAGGUCCGACUUCUCGAGAUUGCCCAGGUCCCCAAGGAGCACACCGAGGAGUUCAAGUCCAUCAAGAAGUUCAAGUACUUCAACACUAACAACCUGUGGAUCAACCUCAAGGCCAUUAAGCGAGUCGUCGAGAACAACGAGCUCGACAGCGAAAUCAUCCCCAACGAGAAGAGCAUCACCAUUGGCAAGAACGACAUCCCCGUUCUGCAGCUCGAGACCGCCGUCGGUGCUGCCAUCCGACACUUCAAGGGCUGCAUGGGUGUCAACGUUCCCCGACGACGAUUCCUGCCCGUCAAGACCUGUUCUGAUCUUCUGCUGGUCAAGUCCGAUCUCUACACCCUCCACGCCGGCCGACUUGAGAUGGACCCCAGCCGAUUUGGCGGUUCUCCUCUCAUCAAGCUCGGUGGCCACUACAAGAAGGUCAGCGACUUCCAGAAGCGAAUCCCCCACAUGCCCAAGAUUUUGGAGCUUGACCAUCUGACCAUCACUGGUAACGUUAUGCUCGGCAAGGGCGUCACUCUCAAGGGCACCGUUAUCUGUGUCUGUGAGGAGGGCAAGAAGAUUGACAUCCCCAACGGCUCUGUGCUGGAGAACGUUGUCAUUACAGGAUCUCUCAGUAUUCUGGAGCAUUAA